AAAAAACAGCAAGAACCUUUCUCCUCAGGCGGUGUUUCCACACAGGUACGUUUCUGACGAUACACCCAGCUUUCCGGAAGUUGACGUUCGGCUGGAGUUCCGCCCCGGUUCUGCAAUCCGCUUUUUCUCACGCGGGGUCGGGCUCGGUUCGGUAUCAUGGAGGAGGCUGAAAUGCAGCUGAAAGUGAAAAAGGUGACAGACAAAUUUACAGAAAGCAUGUAUGUCCUGGCCAAUGAACCUUCUGUUGCGUUGUAUCGGCUUCAAGAGCAUGUCAGGCGCUCUCUCCCAGAACUGGCUGAACAUAAAGCUGACAUGCAGAGCUGGGAAGAACAGAGUCAAGGAGCCAUUUACACCGUAGAAUAUGCCUGCAGUGCCAUCAAGAAUAUGAAGGACAGUAGCAUGUAUUUCAAGAACAUUGAAGGACUCCUUAGACACGCCAUUGCCGUAAAAGAUCGGUUGAAUUCUGCACGGAGGUAGCUCUGGAGAUCCAGGUCUGGGAAAACUUCAUGGUCAUCCUCUCUAUUUAUGGAAAGAAGCUUCAGACGCCAAGGGGAAGCCAUUCUUCACGUCGAUGUGACCAAGACACAUUUAUAUUAACCAGUCUCCAGGUUUAAUCAUUUUUUUAACAUCAAUAAUUAGUUAAUUUAAAAAAUUACUCUAAGCAAAGAACAUAUGUUAGCAAUACUUAGUUUCCAAGGAAGAAACACUGCAGGCAAGAUUUUUCUUGCUGUGUCAUGUGCUUGUACAAGUGCUGGGGUGAGACAGGAUUGGCUUCCCAGAGGAAGAGGAGAGGGGAGAGAAUACAUUUAAGAAUCCCAUUAUAUCGAGCCAAACUGUUGGUCCAUGUAGCUCAUGAUUGAUGGCAAGCUAAUCACACCUCUCCUGAGCCUCAGAGGUGCCAGCUGUAUUUGAAAAUUCCAGAUUUUCAACCCAGGACCUCUUCUACUUGUAAAACGGGUGUUGUGCCUUCUUAUUGGCUGCCCAUUCUUCUCCCAGUUCUACCUGCUUCAUCUUAUCCUCUCCUUCCCUUUUCAAGAAAUUCCAAGUGACUGUCCUUCUGUUCUCACGGUUAAGCUAGAUUUUGUCAUCUCCUGCAUUUGUCCAAAAAAAGGAAAGCAAUCUUAGAUUUAAGACGAUCCCCUACCCCACCAUACACAAGGAAGGCAAGAGAAAGGAAAGCCUUGAAUGCUUCCACUGUUUUAUCCUUAGCUGUCUUAACAGUCUCAGUUCAGGCAGAAUUAUUCAGAAAACCUAGUUUUCCUAUCAGAUAAAUACAUAUAAAGGAUUUCGGAACGGUAAAGGGGUUAAUUGGUUAAUGCAGCCAAUCUCCUGGGUUGCAGAGAGCAAUAUUAUCCUACUUUGAUCCUGAGCACGCUCAAAGACAUUCUGUUUUACACACAACUCUGCUUCGCUGAUGUGAAUCCAGUGGGCUUCUGGUUCUGUAUAAAGGGAGAGUUUGCCAGACCUUAUUUAUGUCUCUGGUCAGCUAUCCAAGGCCUGCAUCAAUGCCCCCAUCCCGUCCUCCAUCAGCUUUUCAUGGUCUCCAGAGCACCCUCCAAUCCCAAGGGGUGAAAAUCAGAGAUUCCUUUCUUACUCUUUCGAAGUGGGAAACACAACACACAAAAAGUGUAGGAAUCCCCGAACUUGGAUGAAUAUAAUUAAAAGGGAAAAUCCAUCCCAAAUCUAGGGGGGGAAAUACCUUUAAUACUCAUGACAGCUCCCUGCCCACCCUAGUUCUUAUCCUUCCUUCCCCCCCUCCCCAAAUAACGAAUGCCAACUCUAGCCAAGGAACAAACUUCCAUUUAAAUCAGGUGAUCACUCAGAAUUUGGAAUUAUGGGAUAAUAUUCCUUUUUUCAGCAACCGCACAAGGAAUUUGAGCUAAGCUUGAUAUAUGGUCUUUGUUAUUUAUACUGGAUUUUUUUUUUAGUUUUAGGGUUAGGAGGGAAAGGUUUUCAAAAUAUUCACUGACAUUUUACUUUUAGGAAUCUUUGCAAUAGCUUUGCAGGGUAAAUCCAGAUGAUGCUCUUCAGCCAUUAUUAUGAGGAUGGAGAGAUAUGAAUUUUCUCUCUUGUACUGAAAUGGAAAAUUCUGUUGAAAUUCCGAGUGUCAUUUGCGUAUGCCAGCCCAUGUUUCUCCUUGUACAUGCCUACAUUUCAUUUCUGGCUUAUAUGAACGUAUGGUAAUGGUUCUAACUAAAUCACUAAAAAGCGUGUCAUUCAUGACUUGAA